GGCCUAAGACGACAGCUCCUGAAGGUAAUAGAACAAAGAUGUAUUAAUAAGAGACAGAGACAUGACUGGAUUAAAGGAUUUGAAAUCCUGCUGGACAGCUGCGUCUUUAAAUCUCUGCACCUGUUUAAAAACCCUCAGAGAUGGCAACAACAUGUCUGUCGGUCACAGUGUGUCAUGCUCAGACACAGUUGCAUGUCAACAUAUCACCAUGUUCUGCUGGAUGCUAUAUUAUAUCAAUAUUAUAAUAGUAAACAAAUUCUAAAAUGUAUGCUUUGCUUGAAGUAGAAAUUAUAAAACAUAAAAGUGGAAGAAAAAUAGUUAAACAACAUUUGUUUUUAAACUCUGUUACCACCUGGAUCUGUCACUUACCUGGUUUGAGGUUUGGAUCUCACUUUGUGAAGGUGAGUACACAACCCAAUCUAGUGGCCAUUGUUGCAAAGGUGUAGCCAUCAUGCAAACUACAGUCUGUCAUUAUGUUACAAAUUUCAUAGAUGAUGUCAAAAAAAACAUAGCAAGGACCAGAACUUUAUUAAAAUGAUCUACAACUGUAUGCCAUCCAUGUGCUUUCAUAUGAAAGUUGUGAUUUGUUUUCUGGGUGACUAAUUGUCCAUGUAUUAGCAGGGUGGGGGGUCUAUCUUUCCUACAGUGGUUACUCCAGCAUUUACAGUAGUAGUAUAUAUGACUUAACAGCAAAAAUACUGAGACAUCUUUAAAUGAUAGCAUGAAAACAAAACUGGUUUAAAACUACCAAAGAAUCCCUCAUGUUAAAAGUCUUUCACCAAGGGCGGAAAAAGUUAAAUAUGCACUUUAAUACAUGUCGGUAGAGUUUGGAUUUUUAUUCUGACUGAACUGUAGGCCUGCUGUGUCUACAUGUAUUAAUGUCCUGUGUUGUAACAUUUGUUGUGUCAACUAGUGGAAAGAAUUUCCCUGAAAAUGAAACCAAAACCUAUUACAGCCUAUCAGCUUCCAGGAAGCACUCUCCUAAUCGUGUGAAUGAGAAUAACCCAAGCCCUUGACUAAUCCCUGCCUAUCCUUUUUAUCUCAGGGUUCAGACUAGUUGGCGCAUUAUGAACCUGUGAGCCUGCAAAACACCAUGAAGCACCCGAUGUCCCGUAGGACCGAGUAGCAGCCCUGUCUUUUAAACUGUAGUUUAGUGUGUAGCUUCUAGUAGCUUGUAGGAGAAAAAAAUGAGUCGACAUUUACCUGCUGCUUUUUGUUUGGCUUUAGUUUUUGUUCCCAUCUUGGGCAGUUCAUGUCCUGCGCAGUGCAGCUGCUUCUUCCACAAAUUAAAUGAUGGAUCAAAAGCAAGGAGCGUGCUUUGCAAUGGACCAGAAAUCACUGUAGUUCCUCAGAAUUUUCCCACUGACACAUCAAAGCUACGUAUUGAGAAAACGGCAAUCACGAGGAUUUCUAGCGACAGCUUCCAGUACCUCAGCAACCUGGAGUUUCUCUGGAUGUCUUUCAAUUCACUGAAUUCACUGAAUGUUGACAGUUUCCAGGGUCUUUACAACCUGGAUGAGCUCAGGCUGGACGGAAAUGCCCUCACCUCUUUCCCCUGGGGGUCUCUGAGCGACACGCCAAACCUGAGGCUCCUAGACUUGCACAACAACAAGAUCUCCACCAUCCCUGCUGAAGCCACCACGUACAUAAAGAACAUCACAUAUUUAGACUUGUCCAGCAACAGUCUGUCAACCAUCCCUGCUGACAUUCUCACAAUGUGGCUGAGUGUGAAGCCAUUCCAGGAAACCGAUUCCUCCAAGCUAAUUCUCGGUCUCCAUGACAACCCAUGGCAGUGUGACUGCAGGCUGUAUGAUCUGGUCCAGUUUCAGAAGUCUCCAUCAUCAUCUGUGGCUCUCAUUGACACCAGGCUGAGGUGUGCUGAUCCAGAGACCCUGUCGGGGGUUCUGUUUACAGAGGCAGAGCUGCAGAGGUGCCAGGGCCCGCGGGUGCACACGGCCGUGGCUCGUGUCCGGAGCUCACUGGGCAACAAUGUCCUUCUGCGCUGUGGCACAGUUGGAGUCCCCAUCCCCGAGCUGUCCUGGAGCCGUGCUGAUGGCAAGAAAAUGAAUGGUACCGUUCAGGAAGAGAUUUCAAAGGAGGGCAUCAUUUGGUCAAUCCUGAGCGUGCCUGCAGUUUCAUACAGAGAUUCUGGGAAAUAUGUGUGCAAAGCAACCAACUUUGUGGGCACCGCAGAUGCCAUCAUCUCUUUGGUGAUCACAGAUUCUUUUCGGUCAGAGGAAGCAGGCGGUGGUGUUACUAAGAGAACCAGAGGGAAAAAACCUGGUGACAUUGGAAGGGCGGCAUAUCAGGAGAAACUUAUUGCCAGAUAUGUCCCUCCACUAACCACCACAGCUGUCCAGCCCAUCUUUGAAUCUCUCAAUGGCAACGGUGUGACUGGGAAAUAUGAGACUGAGAGUUACAGUAUUUCUGAUGGGGCCUCUCAGGGACAAGGCAAAGUGUCAAAAUCUCAGAGGCCAGUGGAGUUGGAGCAGGAUGCUUUGAGUAACUUAGCAGCCAAUGCCUCAUCAUUACAGCAAGCUCCAGUAAAAAGGAUAGUGCGUUCAGUGAAGGUGAUCGGCGACACUGACAAUGCGGUCUCUCUGAACUGGCGAGCCCCUACAGCCACAAACACCACAGAAUUCAGUGUGCUAUAUGCUGUAUUUGGUGAGAGAGACAUGCGUCGGAUCAAUGUAGGUGCUGGGAAGAAUCGGAUCACCAUUGAUGGCCUGGUGCCAAAGACAAAGUACAUUGCUUGUGUUUGCGUCAAAGGCCUGAUCCCAAAAAAGGAGCAGUGCGUAAUCUUCUCAACAGAUGAAGCAGCCAGUGCCAGUGGCACUCAAAAGCUUAUUAAUGUGGUGGUGAUAACGGUAGCAUGCGUGAUCGCUGUCCCCCUCACGCUGAUUGUGUGCUGCGGUGCACUAAAGAAGCGCUGCCAAAAGUUGCUGGGGCGGCAGUCGAAGGAAAUGCAGGACUCCUAUGUCACGUUCGAGACCCUCAGCCCUGCUGCUAAAACUAAAGGAAUGGAAGGCGAGUAUCUGACCAGGCUAAAUCCUGAUGAAUCUAACAGGCUACUCUCGGCGAGAUCCAGUGUUGACUCAGAGGCCACAGCCCGGACUGAGGGCCCACCUAGCGAGUACUUUUGCUAAAACCAAAUGUAUGCCUCAGCCUCAAAAGGACGCAUUUUGUUUUCUAACAGCCUGUGAUGUGAAUAGACAAACCACCAUGACCAGAAACCUCUUUGAGGGGUCUUCAGAGGCCACAUGGAUCUGUCAGCACUAGAUGUAUGAAAUUCUUUACAGCCUGAAUAAAAACCACCAUUCAUUUGGUGGACAGGAAGAAAGGGAAACUAUACACAGUGACAGAGUUUGAAGAUUUACAUGUAAAAAUAAACUUUUUGUAUAGAUUUUUUUUGAUUCACUAUACACUUUUAAAGGUGAUAUUUUGC